UCAGCUUCGUGUGUCUUUUUCGAGGUUGGAGUGGAGGCGUGUGCUGCCGAAGUGGGAACGCGCAGAGGAAGGGAGGGCAAUCUUGUCCGGACACUAAUAAGACUCAAUGGCUGGCGCAAGGUGGCCAGGAGCGUCGAAACUCUGCCGGAGACGGUGGACGAAGGAGAAAAGAAAGAGAAAAAAAAGAAGAAGGACAUUUUCGCACAGACAAACGGAAUUGCAGCUUUACGCACGUUGGCGGGGGGAGUCAGGGAGUAGUCGUGUUUGUGCGUCAACUGUGGAUCGUGCGCGCAGUCAGUGAGAUCCACGAAAACCACCUGUGCCAAAAAAAAAAAAAAAAGCUCCGAGGGACGCGUGAAGAAGAUCGGAGGCGAAUGUGCGUAAAAACAGCUGAUGCAGCUGGAAACUGCUGGUGCUGCUGCGUCUUCUCGUUUUUGUAACUGAUAUCAAGCUGUUUCUGAUCAGAUCAAUUCGGUUAUCAAAGCUACAGAUUUAAAUUAGGACAAGUGACUUGUGCCUUUUUGUUUGUUUUUUUCUGAUAAGGAGUGAAAACAGUCACAAUAGUAGAUUAUAACAAUGAAACUGUGUCAUAAAAAUAUUAAUAUUCCGUGAUUUGGGAUGGUCCCAGGUUUGUCACCAAUCCACAUGCUGGCAUUGUGACACCCUGACACCUGGGAGCCAAAACCCUCCCCAAAUGAAUCGGUCCUGGUGGGCACGCCAGGCACAGCUCGGCCUGCUUGCUUUGUGGACUUGCUCAUGGUUGGUCCAGGGAUGCGGACCAGGCCCUGGGUACGGUGUCCGGCACAGGCCCAGGAAACUCACAGCCAUGCACUACAAGCAGUUCGUCCCAAACUUCUCCGAAAACAACAUUGGAGCCAGCGGGAGAGCAGAGGGCAAGAUCACACGCAACUCUGAGCGGUUCAAUGAACUCGUGUGCAACUACAACCCAGAUAUUGUCUUCAAAGAUGAAGAGAACACCAAUGCAGACCGCUUCAUGACCAAGCGAUGCAAGGACUGUUUAAACAGGUUGGCCAUUGCAGUGAUGAACCAGUGGCCUGGAGUGCACCUGCGAGUAACAGAGGCCUGGGAUGAGGAUGGCCACCACACCCCUGGCUCACUCCACUAUGAAGGUCGUGCUGUGGACAUCACCACAGAUGACAGAGAGACAGAGAAGUACGGCCUCCUGGCUCAGCUGGCUGUGGAGGCUGGAUUUGACUGGGUCUAUUAUGAGUCCAAAUAUCACAUCCACUGCUCGGUCAAAGCCGAUCACUCUGUCGCCGUGGAGAAAGGUGGCUGCUUCCCAGGUUGGGCCCGGGUGACUGUAGCUGGCGGGCAGCAGAAGACCCUGUGGUCACUGGUUCCUGGAGACAGAGUCAUGGCUGUCUCUGCAAUGGGCCAAAUCGUGUUCAGCAGAGUCCUUUUGUUUUUGCAUCGGAACCCAGACAUCUGCUCUACUUUUCUGUCUUUGGAGACAGAAGAUGGCCAUAGGCUGACUCUCACUCCUAAUCACUUGGUCUUUUUGUCGCUGUAUCCCAGACUCCACAGCAGCGGGUUCCAGGCUCAGUUUGCCGGCAGAGCCAAAAUAGGAGACUAUGUUCUCAUUCACACAGAAAAGGGUCUCCUGCUACCAUCUCGAAUCACAUCCGUUUCAACAGUGGAGAGUGUGGGAGUCUUUGCACCCUUGACAGAAGAUGGGACUUUGUUUAUUGAUGAAGUGCUGACAUCCAGCUAUGCACUGGUAGAGGACCACAGACUUGCACACUGGGCAUUUGGACCUGUUCGACUCCUUUCCUCAGUAAAACAGCUGCUCUGGGGAGAGGCGACAAAAGAACAGGAGAACACAGACAGUAAAGAAAUAUCCACUCAGACUCCACUGUAUUGUAACACUUUGGCCUCAAAAUACCAAACAGACACUUCAGAUAGUGGUAUUCAACACAAACGACUCAAUCUCAGUAUUCCACUAACAAUAAAAAUGAAGGAGAAGUGCUCCUUGGAAGGACACACAUCGGAUGUGCACUGGUAUGCAAGAUUACUGUACAGUUUUGGAUGUGUCUUCUUGGACUGUCCCAUUUUUCAUCCUUAAAAAGCCUUAAAAUGUUACAUAUCAUGCAUGUCAUUCUGUACACUCCUUAUGUCUUUUAAACAAUUACACACACACACACACA